GGGAUCGCAACGUGGCGCCAACUGGUGGUCAAGUGAAAUUUAGUCGACAGUGUCGCGACGCCGCAACGUAUUUGUCAAUAUCUCAUCAUUUUCACGAUUUUUACGGUUCAUACAUGUUCAUAAGAUAUUAUCGCGCAAUUUUUAUCAAGACAAGUGAUUUUAGUGAUCCAAAUAAAAAGAAAUUUACUAUUCUAUACGAGUCGAUAUAUAAACGAAACUGAAAAGUGGAGAGUUCUCAGCGCGGAAAAAAGACAUCGAGAACUGGCCGGGACUCGGGACGAUAGCUGGUAGCUCGGUAGGUCUGUAACUCGGCCGAGUAUAUUAUCUAUCUUAUUUAAGGGUCGGGGGAAGCGCGGUGGUGAGUGAGUGUAAUACAAGUGAAAUAUCAAAGAUCGAGAGUAACAAUUAAAGAGCUGACGCGAUUCUAACAUCCAAGCAUCAAAUACCGGGCCUACGAAUGCAGUUUCAAGACGGAAUCGCGUUUUAAGAUGUGCGAAGAGGCUACAGAAGUGGAGACGCAUCAUCAGCAAACGGCAGCAACAACGAUGGGCGUCGCCGAGGAUGAGACGCCGUCCUCUUUGACUUCUCAUCCUAACCCUAACGUUAACAACCCCAACCAAGAAGGUGCCACUAUCCAAAGCACGACUACAUCUUGGAUGUCGCCGUACAGCAGAGCAUCUCCGUCUGAACGUCCAACCUCUAACAACAACAACAACAACAACAAUAAUAAUAAUAAUAAUAAUAAUGGAGUUGUCAUACUCGAAGGAUGUAGACCACCUGCUGCCACCACCGCUAGAAGGUUUCUCAGGUGGUUCAGCAGACUCGGUCAACCGCCAAUGGGAAAAUCAGGGGUGUUGGAGAUGGCGGCCACAGAGAGCACGAUCCGUUUCAGCGGGCACACAUUGGACAAGGCUACAAAGGCCAAGGUAACCUUGGAGAAUUACUACAGCAAUUUGAUAGCUCAGCAUAUCGAGCGAAAGCAGAGGCUUGCGAAAUUGGAGGAAUCGUUGAAAGACGAAGGGCUGUCGGAGCAACAGAAGCAGGAGAAACGGUUGCAACAUGCCCAGAAGGAGACGGAAUUUCUUCGCUUGAAACGGUCCCGGCUCGGCGUCGAAGACUUCGAACCUCUCAAAGUUAUCGGCAGAGGUGCUUUCGGGGAGGUAAGACUCGUGCAAAAGAAGGACACCGGGCACGUGUACGCGAUGAAAAUUUUACGGAAAGCGGACAUGUUGGAGAAGGAGCAGGUGGCGCACGUCAGAGCGGAAAGAGACGUGUUGGUGGAGGCUGAUCACCAGUGGGUCGUAAAAAUGUAUUAUAGCUUUCAAGAUCCUAUAAAUCUGUAUCUAAUCAUGGAGUUUCUUCCAGGCGGUGACAUGAUGACACUGCUAAUGAAGAAAGACACGCUUUCCGAGGAGUGCACACAAUUUUAUAUUUCUGAGACUGCGUUGGCAAUCGAUUCUAUUCAUAAAUUAGGAUUUAUUCAUAGAGAUAUCAAACCGGAUAAUCUGUUAUUGGAUGCGCGAGGUCAUAUAAAGCUUUCUGAUUUUGGAUUAUGCACGGGUUUGAAAAAGUCUCACAGAACCGAUUUCUACAGAGAUCUUAGUCAAGCGAAACCUUCGGAUUUCAUGACGUCAUGUGGGAGCGGAAGCGGCGGAGCGAUGGAUAGUAAAAGAAGAGCGGAGAGUUGGAAAAGGAACAGGAGAGCGUUAGCUUACAGCACGGUGGGGACACCCGAUUACAUAGCUCCGGAAGUAUUUUUGCAAACUGGUUAUGGACCUGCUUGCGAUUGCUGGUCUCUUGGAGUUAUCAUGUACGAGAUGCUCAUAGGAUAUCCUCCAUUCUGCAGCGAAAAUCCCCAAGAAACUUACAGGAAAGUUAUGAACUGGAGAGAGACUUUAGUUUUCCCACCAGAAGUUCCUAUUAGCGAGGAAGCUAAGGAUACCAUAAUCAGAUUUUGUUGCGAAGCUGACAGAAGAUUAGGUGCGCAAAGAGGUAUCGAAGAACUUAAACUCGCCCCUUUUUUCCGCGGCGUGGACUGGGAGCAUAUAAGGGAGAGACCUGCCGCUAUCCCGGUCGAAGUACGUUCCAUCGACGAUACUUCAAAUUUCGACGAAUUUCCAGAUGUGAAACUGGAAAUACCAUCCGCACCAAUGCCUCAAGACGGUGAAGUAAUAUACAAGGACUGGGUGUUUAUUAAUUACACGUUCAAACGAUUCGAAGGAUUGACGCAACGUGGCACACCGACCAAGAAAUAGCAACACUCUACGCUUCCUUGCUCGGUUACGACCAGUCACCAGUCACCUGACGCAACUAGAAUUCCGGCCUUGGUACAUAAUCCGUACCCUCCGUUGUCAUCAACGACAUCUCGAAUGGAUGGUUGAUUCAGUUUUAUCAUUUUGAACACGGUCCAGUCAAUCAUCGGCAGCCAGUCGCUUUUACAUGUACAUAUAUAUAAUACACGUGACGAGAUGAGCGAGCGCGACGUUGUAUAUCACGUAUAUACGUUGUCACAAGAUAAGAAGAAGAAAGAAAAGGGCAAAGAAAAAAAAGAACAUGGCAAAGAUUAUGAAAAGGAGAAAUGUCGUGUUGUUUUUACAAAGAACAUGGGAUGAAUAUAAAUAUUCUGUAGACAAGCAGGUGCGAAAAUCGUUGCACAUGUGAUAAGGAAGAACCGACAUACUUUCACUUGCGCACUGUAACUGUUUUUAAGCGAUGUCACAACUUAUAAAAUACGUUUGUUUCUUUUCGUUCUAUUCGUGAAUAUUCGUUUCGCAUCCGAUACGUAGCAUAAUAAGCUCUCUUCCCUCUAUUCUCCCUUUCUUUUUUUUUUUUUUUUCUCUCCUCUCCUCUUCUUUCUUUUUAUAGUUAAUGAAAAUGUUAAUGAUAAAAAGGAAAACAAAGAUGGAGCCUCGGUCCCGUGAUUCUCUCUGAAAUCGUGUACAAAUUUUUCGUGUAGGACUUCUUUCAGUGUUUUUUUUUUUUCCUCUUUUUAUCUUUCUCUCUCUGUCUCUCUUUCUCUCUCUCUCCUUUUCUAACGAAGCACUGGUUUAGCUCUCUUUUAAACGUUGUAUUUAUAGCUAGUACUGUGAUAUGAUAUAUUGUUUAAAAGUUUUGUAUACAAAUCACUGUUUUUUCUCUGUUAACGAUUACUGAACUUUACGAAUGUUGUGUACCUCUGUUCGAUUUGUGCUCUUACGUUUCGUUCAAAAAGAAAAAAAAAAAAUUCUAAAAAUUUGUUGUUGGUAUAAAAAAAAAGGAAAAAAAAGGAUAUUUUAUAUUUAUAAUAUAUUUUUUGAGAGCUUUUGUCCGAGCUGUUGAAUAUCUAUGAAUUGAAAAGAAAAAAAAAAAAAAAAAAAUAAUCGAUUAUACGUUCGAAUAUCGAAUAUCGAGAUUUUGUUCGAAUUUUUUUUACGUUGAAUGUAACGAAAUACGACGAAAGAUAUUUUUUUAAUUUUUUAUUUAAAAUAAUUUUCGCUAUGAAAAAAAAACGAACGUUGUAACGAAAUGGAACGAUCAAUCUUGUAGGUAUCCGUGGCACAAGCAGCCUUUUGCGUAAUUUUUUGUGCUUUGUAUAGGGUUUUUUUUUUUUUGUAUAUCAAUAUAUAUGAUGUAUUAUCGAAUAAAAUGUAUUGCAAUUAAUCGGUAAUUGAUUGGUUAAGAGAAGGAAUGUAUAGUAUAGGAUUGCGUUGAACAGAAGGAGAAUCAUAAAAGGUACCGGGUCUCUUUCUUAUUAAAACAAUUGAUUUUAUUUGUAAAAACGGUUUCGUUCGUGCCUGACAAUUGUGAAAUUUGUAUAGCUUUAAAAAAAAAAAGAAAAAAAAAAAGAAAGAAAAAUCACGCAUCUUGCGAGAAAGAAGAAUGUGAAAAAAAAAAAAAAUCGAAUUGCAUUCGUAAAAUUCAGGGCUCCUUCGUUGCCUUAUCAAGGUUCCUAACACGUGUGUACAUGCGCAGCCCAAGUUUUCAGAAAAAAAGACGCGAGAACGAGAGAGAAAUUUACGGCGCUGGGUAAAAAAAAAAAAUAAAAGUGAAUAGUGAAUAAAGUCGAGCAACAAAGAGGGAAACGUUGAUCAUCAAGAAGAGAUAAUCGAUGUAAUAAUCUAGUGGUUGAUGUAUAUAUCUUUUAUAGUAAUUUUACAUUAAUUAAAAAUAGAAAUCUAUAAUUACACGGGGAAUAACCAAAUUUCCUAUUCGGUUUUACCGCGAAUAUUUUCAUUCCCCUUUUUUUUUUUUCUCUCCUCCCCUCCCCUCUCUUUAACCCAUUCUAUCAAACACAUCCCACUCAAUUUUCGAUCAAAUAUUUCCAUUUAUUUCCAACUCGAUUAUUCAUUAACCUAUCUUUUUUUUUUUUUUUUUAUCGAAUCUGACGGAGAGAUUCGAGAGAUCGAUAUCUCGACAACAGAGGCGAAUGGAUUAUGAAAAAUCGAUUACACACGAAGGGAAAAAGAAAGCACACGAAUGGUGCGUUAACGCAAUCUCGGUCGAUAAAUAUAGAUUUAUUUCAAAAAUAUAGCUAUAUAUAUAUAUAUAUUUAAUUUAUUUAGCUAUACUAAUAAUAUAGCUAUACGUUGUGUAGUUUACCGACAGCCAGGGCACCGUGGUAGUAAUAGUACUAAUGAUAAAUAAGCUACAAGAGACGUCUAAAUAGAUGACCGUAAGGAGGUUAACAUACAAAAAGUACCUACGUAUGUGUGCACGUUCGAGACGUAUCGCGUUCCGGCUCAUAGUACUUGUACUCAAAACUUAUUCGCUCCUUCCUAAUACAGAUCCGGUGUGUCUUCGUUAAACGACAGUCACGCAACGCGAUGUGCUGCACGUAGUAUAUACUAUAUACUAUAUACAUAUAUAUAUAUAUAUUUACAAAGCAUUAACUUCGUACAGCUUUGUUCGCCGCGAACACUUCUAGCGUACGAGUGUGGAGCGUAAACUCGCUUUGUUGUUGCUUUACUUAUUCGAACGGCCUCAGUUCCAUCGUAACGUUUCGCGCGAUGUGAAGUAAAUAUUCACGGAAAUGCUUUUUAAGCAAGUCGAAUGGAAUACCCGAUUAGAUCUCGAGAUAGAUCGUAGAUUCACCGAUAUUUCGAAGCCUGGAUAUAUCCUUAUCCUCGGAGUUUGUCGACGAGAAUAUAUAUAUAUAUAUAUUUCGCGAAUACGAUUCUUCGUACAAUUAGUGUAUUGGAACGGACGUAAGUAACCGUUUUUAGUAAAUACUCCAUACUCUCAUGCUCGAAGCGGCGGGUACCUUUGCGUCGUAUAUGAAACGAACGGAUUUCGAUGUAUUGACUUUACUAUACUACAGAGUGCUUAGAUUUAUGAAGUACAAUUUUAAUCGACAGUUUUUAAACGCAAGAAACGCGAAGUAAAAAAAAAAGUAUAAUAGCAAGACUAUUUUUUGCACCGAUAGAAAUGGAAAAAAAAAAAAAAGUGAGUGUGCCAGUGUAAUGUACAGGAUGCAUCGUAAACCGUGUGUGUCUGCGCGCGCGAAACGUGUGAAAGAAGGAUAAGAGGCGCUGGAGUGCAGAGUAAAGAAAGUUGCACGAUAAAUGCGAAAGGAAAAAAACUGUGGAGGAGGGGGAGAGAGUGAGAGAGAGAGAGAGAGAGAGAGAGAGGAUGAGAGAAAGAGAAAACGCGAGAAAGUUAUCUUUAACAACUUAUUACUGUCGAGUUCGAGAAAUAUUCCGAUAUUACCGAUAGAGACUACUUUGGCGUCCAAUGCUACCGACUAAACGAACCAAGUAAUCACGAUUUAUUUAUUUUGAAAAGAGAAUUAAAUAAAAUAAAACAAUAGCCACGAGAUGCCUUCGAUCGCAAGCAAGUGUUUGGUGCCCUGGAGCAUAAGAAUACAUUAUGCAUAUAGAGAUGCAAUGCCGUGAAUAAGUUGGGUAAAUUAUAUAAUUCAAAGAUGAGAUUUAGACGAAAAUUAACGAAAAUACAUCGACUCGAAAGAAAUCGUCUGAUCUUCGAUCGAAAGUUCUUAGAAUCGAAAUAAUUCGUACACGCGUGUGUACAAGUUUUUAUCAAUUUUUUUGUGAACGUAUUUAAACAGAAGAAAAAAAAAACUUUAAUAAAUUAUGCGAUAAUCGUCGUCGGUGUAUAUUGUAAAUAUAUAUAUUUCGAAAGCACUCGAGUGUCUAGUGCGGAUCGAAUUGUAUGUCGAAUAAAAAAAAGAGAUGAUAUUUCGUCAGAAUAA